GCAGGCUAAUGCCUGGCCACAGGCCCUUCCUCUGGUGGUGGUGGUCCCAGGGCAGGCUGGGCACAGGGCCAGCGAUGAACGGCUAGAGGAAGACCUGAUGCUUCAGACACUCAUUGAGGAAGGUUUGAUUUCAGAGUACAUGUUCGUCCAUAUCCCCGAGACCACGAACGAACCCCAAGGAUCCGAGCAGAUCCGCCAUGCCGUCAGGUGGCUCGCUGCCCGCUCCACGGCACCAGCCCGGCUCGUCUCGCAGACGUUGGUGCAGGUUGUGGAGGCCGGGCUCUGCCGCGAGUUUGCUGGUAGGCUUCACCGUGAUCGGAGGGACCGUGACAUGGCGGGACUGCCCUCCCAGGGCCCUGCACCCGUCAUCGGCCUCUACAACACUGUCCUGGCUUUCUUGGCUGGCCUUGUGUCGUCCCCGAGUCUGGCUGGCCUCUCCUGGCCCGUGGCAGAGUUCUCGGUGCCAGGGGGUGGUGACUGCCUACCACAUCUGCUCUGGAACUCGGCUGAGCACCUGGAGUGGCUCCAGGGGGCAGUCCUGAGCCUGCGGCUGCCCGACUGGCCGCUGCCAGCCGUGGGGGCUCCUUGGAGCCAGCUGGUUGCCUCCAUCUUCCAGUACGUAUCUCAAAUCCCAUGGUCCCGCCACAGCCAGCCACUCCUUAUGUCCCAGUUGGAGAACCUUUUGGAGAGGCUGCGUCAGGACUGUGUGGGCCGAGGUGGGGGGCCGGACAAGGAGCCCACUUUCUGGGAGGUGCCCUGGGACGAAAUUGUCAUGCUCUGUGUAGAGCACCAACUCCUGGACUGGAACCCUCCUGGGUGCCCCGUGAGUGAAGAUGUCGUCAGUGACGACGGAGAAAUCUCGGUGUAUUUCCUGAGCGAUGGGCUGCAGGGCUUCAUACCGCCGUCCUGCUGGGUGGAUGCCGUAAAGCAGACGCACAGGGACAAGCAGCAGGGGAAGGCAGGGUGUCACCAGAGCAUGUGGCCUCAUCCUCGACUGGCCAGGCCACGUCUUCAACAGAAGCUGUUUCACAGCAUGGUUGAGGACCCUGAGUCCGGAUCCGGUGUUGCCCCUGUUUUGGAUGCUGCCUCCAGCCCCCAGGACCUCCUGGCUCGCAUUGAGGAGGAGAAAGAACAGAGCCGCAGGUUCGAGGACCAGCUGCGUACCUGGCUUGACGUCGAGUCCCUGGGCCCUUCCUCUUCCUCCUCACCACUUUUCUUGCCUUCUUCGUUACUGUCUGUACCGGAGAUCGUAGUGCCCUCCCCAAAGAUGGCUGCCCCACCUGCACUUGCCCUGCAGAAGGAGCGCAGUGUCCGCAGUGACCAGGCCAGGGGAGCUGCCAGUUUUAUGGCGAGGCGUCUACAGGAGCUGGAGCAGCUGAUCUCUGCAAGCCGGGAGGAGGAGCUCGCAUGUGAGCUGAAGCUAAGCUGCCUUCUGGACAUUGUUGAUGACUGAGUGUCAUGUGACCCACCUGAUGUCUGCCGUUGACUGCCACAAGUUGUCUCUCUUAUGCCUGAUUUCUGCAGUAUAUUUAGUUGUGUGGUACUUGUGCAUAUAUUGCUUUGAAGAGUAUGAUGUACAGUAAUUUACACAACAUUGGGAGUGUUGUAACUGGGGGAAAAACAUGUCAU